AUGGACGCUUUUACGAAUAAAAAAAACGAGCGUAUUACUUUGGCUAGCAAAGUCAUGGAACAUUUACCUCUUAGCAUUCAGCUGCUAUUCUCUAUGCUGCAAGGACCAUAUAAAGAAUCAGUGAUUUAUUCCAUCAAGAAAUCUUUAGAAAACAUCAGUGAGAUACGGUUUGUUGAUCACCAGGAUACUGAAGAUAGUGAGAUUGAUCUUCGUUCUGAUGCUUUCAAGAUCUUCAGACAGUUUUUGCUAGACGAUAGGAGAUAUGAGAGCUUUAGGUUUGAGGAGGUUUACAUUUCAGAAUAUGAUGAUAUUGUGAAACUCAGCUGCUGGAAGAGGCUGAAAAUAGAUCUCUCGAGAAUCAAACAAUUUUCGCACGUUUGGAACAAGGUGUCAACCCUUGUGAUUGACAGUGAUACAAAGAUGGAUGUAAUUGAGAGCUAUGAUUUAUCAUGCAUAUUGCAGCUUGAAAUUGUUGGACCAUCAAUUUCUUUUACAUACAUUCAGAGGAUACUAGAAUUUUGCACCAGUAUUCGAAGACUGGUUUACAAAGAUCUUGUAUUGGAUGAGGCAUCAAAAGGUGACGUUGUUCUAUGUCCAAAUAAUGGAGAGACAGAAUUCAACUUGCUCCUCAAUAGCUCUACCAAUAUUGAAUUCUUGAAUGAGAUUGGUAUGCGCAACGUCAAAAACUUCAACCUCACUAUGACUGACAAAAACUCCAGAAUCUUUGAUAUGAAUCAGCAUUUAGCCUGUUUGGCUUCAGUCCAGACAAUAACUGUUAAUUCUUUAUUGAAUCUAUCUUAUCUGCCUAUAACUUUCGACUCUGUGAGCUCAAAAGUGCAGUAUCUGAAUUUUUCACAUUGUGAGCUUGAAAACUGCGACUUCUCGCCUUUAUCUCGACUGAAGGAACUGGUUUUACUAGACUGCAUAAUCGAUUCAAAGCAAUUAAACACUUUAAGGAAUCUAUCUCAAAUUUCCUCUUUGAUACUCAUCAAUUGCAAGAUAAACUGGAAUCACUUUUGGGAGCUUCCUCCAAAUUUGGUCAGCAUCGUCCUUCACAAUAAUGACUACGAAGCUUGCAAAGAUCUGAUCUUUUUGAGUCAAAGUCAAAAGAGCAACAACGAAGUGAAGUGUUACAGGCGGACUUUUAGCAUUGACGUGAAUUCUGUUAAAUUCCAAAUUAACUGCCCAUUGGACAGCAUCUUAUCAAUGGCAAAAUUCGACACAGUCAAUAUGAAAAUGCCACAAGUCGAUUCAGCUGAAAUCGAGCUGGUUUCGAUCCCAAACUUCAACGGCUUUGAUUUCAGCCUUUUCGAUUUUGGAGAUGUUGAAGUUUCCAACAUGGUCAUCAAAUUAUAUUCAUUCGGUAACGUUUUCCAUAAACCAAGAAACGUUCCAGCGACUCUUCGCUGUGAGUACAAGUAUUACAAUUUCAAUUUGAUAGAUUUCACCGGACUCAAGCGAUCAAUGGACUCAAAAUCUGAAUUGGAAUUUGCAGACAUCAAUGAAAUAUCUGAUUAUGAUUCUGACGGACAGCGCAUUGACAAUCGCUUUUACGAUUCUUCUGACUAUUCAAACAGUGAAAGUGAAGAAAAUUCCGACCAAAAGAAAUCUCGUCAGACAAGAUCAAGAAGGCUGCGCACUACUCGGAUUUAUAAAAAGACCCCUUCCGAAGAGGAAGUCACUGAGGACAGCGAAGAAGAAGAGAAGAGAAGAAGCAAGCUUAUCAAUACAGUGAUAUCGUCCAAAAAUAUCAAGCCCUCAAUCAAUCCGAAGGACGCUAAUAAACCUUUUGAAUGUGAAUUUUGCUCAAGGGCGUUCAAAAGAAAGGAGCAUUUGAGAAGGCACUCGUUGACACAUACAAACUAUAGACCUCAUGUAUGUUCUAAUUGCAGGCGUGGAUUCAGAAGAUCGGAUAAUUUGAAAAACCACGAAAAACGUUGCCUGGCGUCAGGAAAAGCCGGUGGUACUGGUUAUAAGUUACGAAAUGAUCCAAAUCGACUUGAUGCCGAGGAGAUUGAAAGAGUCAAAAGUAUUGAAAUGGCUAAGAAAGAGAAGCUCAAGAAGUUGAAAGAAAUGGGCAAGAGCAUUAAAUUAGCAGAAUUCUAUGAGUCUGAUAGGUAUCAAAGCCCAGUUAGUCAACGCAGAUCUGACUCACUGUCUUCAGUCUCCGACGAUAUGGACCACGAAUCAGAUGAUUACGCUGAGAGACAUGAUAUAGACCACGACGCCUUCGGUGGAGGCCUAUAUCAUCCCAAAUCCAAAGUUUCAAAACCUGGCCGGCGGAGUCUCCUUGAUGGCGCCUUAGAGACCCCUCCUGCGACAGCAAAUGAACCGGCACUGCAACCUGGAGAUAUAACAACCACAGAGUCUAAUCAUAGUGUAAGACAAAUGCUGAAUCUGAAAAGGUCGUAUUCGUCGAUUCAAAUCUCAAAUGCAGCUAUGUUGAACUCACUUGCAGGCAGGGACAUAACAAGCGAUGACCCAAAUGAGCAAAUGGAGCCAAAAACUGGAGACAGCGAAACAAAAUCACUAGGGGAUGAUCUAGCCGAUGAAGAUGCAAAUGAUGAUUUUAUUUACACACACUCGAAAUUCGACACUAGUGACCCAGUUAGAUUGUCGAUCAAGCAGCAAGUCAGCCAAGAGUUUGCACGCUGUGAGCUGAUGCCCAAUAAUACUUACAAAUGCUCUAAGUGCUUUCAGUUGUUUACCAAAAGAGGUAAUCUGAGAAGACAUUUAGUAAUCCAUUUCAAUCUAAGACCCUACGUUUGUGAAUGCGGUAAGUCAUUCAAAAGAUCUGACAAUUACAAGAAACAUGCUAGCCGGUGUAAAACAAUUCUUUGCAAACGUCAGAAGGUUGGAGAAUCGAAUGAAACAGUUAUGAAAUCAGAGACAAUCAGAUUUACUGAAACAAUUGAGACCACGGAAGCAAAGAGCACCCAUGAUUUGGGCUCGCUAACUUCACUAGCAAAUUCGAGCAAUGCAGACAUUGGAGAAAUAAAACCUGGAAAAGUCGAGACUGUGCAUCACAACGACAAUUCUGAAGAGAGUGAUACCGACACUCAUGUUUCUACAAAGGCCGAUGAAAGAAAGUUCGAGUGUAGUUUUUGUCAAAAGAAGUUCAAACGGAAGUAUCAUUUAAACAGGCAUUUGAUUGUCCAUCAAAAUGAUAAUAUGCGACCAUUCAGUUGCCUUAGAUGUGGCACUGCAUUUAAGAGAAAUGACCUACUGGAGAAGCAUAUUCUCUACAACAAAUGUAGACAAGCGGCUACAUAA